AUGAGCGAUGAAGAAACUGAAGUACCGGGAAAGAAGCCGAUGCGGCUUCCUAAAAAGGCAGCCAAAGUUAAAAAUAAGGUCAUUUUUGUCACUCUUUAUUAAUGUUUUUUGCCAUAAAAGCCAUAUAAUUAAAUGGGGUGGGAUAUUUCUUGGAUUUGAAGGCACCCGCUCCGCUACAAAUCACUGCCGAGCAGCUUUUGCGCGAAGCGAAGGAACGGGAGCUCGAACUUCUUCCGCCGCCGCCAAAGGCGAAAAUCACGGAUCCCGAGGAGCUCGCCGAGUUCCAGCGCAAGAAGCGUAAAGAGUUUGAAGAUGGUAUUCGCAAGAAUAGGUAUUUCUUUCAAAAAAUUCCCGUUUGAUGAGAAAACGUGCAGAAAUCAGCUAGCCAACUGGAUCAAGUAUGGAAAAUGGGAAGAAUCGAUCGGCGAGGUUCAAAGAUCCCGGUCCGUUUUCGAAAGAGCGCUGGAUGUGGACCACAGAAGCAUCACCAUUUGGUUGCAAUACGCCGAAAUGGAGAUGAGGUUCGAAAACGAUUGAAAAUAAAUAACAAUACUUUUUCUUUUGUUUUUUGAUGUCUAAUAUUGAUUCUAGUGUAAGGUACAUACUGAAAAUUUGAAAAGGAACUCGAUAUUUUCGUUUUUCCGUGUUAAAGAUUAAAUUUUCAAACUGUGACUUUUUUUUCAAAUCAAAUCAUUUCUCGACGUUUUUUUCUCGUUUCUUUCGCGUGAUUUAUUUUUGAAUCUUGUGUUUUUUCAUGGUAUCAGUAUCUAAUUUGUGCUAGGACUUUAAGUAAACAAAAAUAUUUUUAAAAAAAGUCGGAAAAAUUUUUUUUCAAAAUUCCCUGGUUUUCAAUUCGUAUCAUUAAAUCUCUUAAAAAAAUUUUCCGGUAAAAACUUGAUAAAUUACAAAAAAAUUCAAAUUUGCUGAGUUUUUUUCCUCCAUUUCACGGUAAUAAGAAGAGAAAUUUCGUAUACAACUCUAGUAAAAAAUAAGGGGGUUUAUUAAAAAAAGGUCAAAUUUUGAGGCGACGUGUUUUUAAGUGAUCGUUAUUUUUCUUCUUAAAAAAAUCUGAAAAAUGGCGAAAAAAAUUUGAGUGAAUAAGUAAUUUUUGAGUUUUUAGACCUUUUUCGAAGAAGCACAGUGAAAAAAAAUUAAAGAUUUAUUUUAAAAAAUGUCGAAUUUAGAGGAAAUCCAUGUCAUCUUCCCAUUGAGAACAAUAAAUUUUAUUCUGGAAAUUAACAAUUUCCUCUUCAAGAUGCAAACAAAUCAACCACGCGAGGAAUGUGUUCGAUCGGGCGGUGACCAUUAUGCCGCGGGCCAUGCAGUUCUGGCUCAAGUAUUCCUACAUGGAGGAAGUCAUCGAGAAUGUUCCCGGGGCCAGACAGGUAUAUUCUCAUUCAGAAUGAAGGAAUUCCUCCGUUAAAGCUUUUUUUUUAAAUCAGUAAUUUCUUUCGCUUAACAAAAAAUUAAAAAUGGAGAAGAUCCAAGGAAUUUGCGAGUUUUUGUACCAGUUCAUAGUAAUAACAGGAUAAAAAAACACUAUGACUCCGACACGGCACCGCCUAAAGGCGCCCGCAACUGGCCGUUUCGCCUAAAGGCGCCCCGAACUCGGCAGAGUCGGAGGACCUCCGAAAUUGAGGCGACGAGAUUGAAAAUGCGGCAGCGCGAACAUGUUUCUUACAAUUUUUAUUUCAAAAGUUUUUGGGACUUCGUUUCUUCUUUUAUUUAUUUCUUUUUCAUUGUCGGGAUCGUUGAAAAUAUUCAUUUUUUUAUUUUGCUGAAGAAAAAUUUAAAUAAAUUUUUCCUAUUGCUACCGCCAUGCAAAACUUUUUUCCGAUUGUUUCCAGGUUUUGUUCCGCCAAACUUGAUUCGAAGAUUGAUAGACCUCUCUCUUCCUCUCUUGGGAAGCAUUAUUUAUUUAGUUAUCCUCAAUAUGAGGUAAGUUUACCUUUUUCGUUGAAUAAUCUCAUUUCUGUUCAGGUCACUUGUCGAAUCAAUGAUUGA